CCUACGCCGCCGUCGCCGCCGCCAUGGGAUCCUCCUCCUACCUUCCCGCCUCCAUGGAUCCCCCCGGUGUCGACUACUCACUCUACCUCUCCGACCUCAUCCCCGGCUCGCCCUCCGCCUACCUCGACCUGCCCCCGACCCCGCACCACGAGCAGCAGCAGCAGAAGCCCUUCGCCGACGACUCCCCCUCCUCCAUGCCGGAGGACCUCGUUCUGCCCUUCAUCUCCCGCAUGCUCAUGGAGGAGGACAUCGACGAAAAGUUCUUCUACGACUACCCGGACAACGCCGCGCUCCAAGAGGCGCAGCAGCCCUUCCUCCACAUCCUCUCCGACCCCUCCUCCACCUCCACCUCCACCUCCAAGAACAGCAACAGCCGCGUCGCCUCCCCGUGCUCCCCAUCCGACGGCUCCUCCGCCCUGCCGCCCGCCGCCGUUGACUCCUACGACCGCUUCCAGUACGAGCCCGUCGACCUCGACCCCGCCGCCUUCUUCAGCGCCGGCGCCAACUCUGAUCUCAUGAACUCCGCCUUCCUCAAGGGCAUGGAGGAGGCCAGCAAGUUCCUGCCCACCCAGGACAAGCUCCUCAUCGACCACGAAGCCCCCUCUGGGAACUUCUUCAGGGGCCUCGAGGAGGGCAGCAGCAAGUUCCUGCCCAGCCAGGAGGACAAUCUCGUUGCUGAAUUCAACGGCCGUGCAGCGCCUCCAGCGAUGGUGAGUGUGAAAAGGGAGGAGUCUGUGGAUGCUGCUUUGCCCAACUCUCUUGGCGGCCGAGGUCGCAAGAACCCGUACCGUGAAGACGAGCUGGAGCUGGCGGGUGGCAGGAGCAGCAAGCAGACCGCGAUGCAGGGGGACGACGUCACUGCACGGGAGGUGUUUGAGAAGGCGCUGAGGCCCUCAGAUGAUAUGUGCAUCGAGCAGCUGCAGAAUCUGAGGAUCGCCAUGCAGGAGGCGGUGGCCAAGAAUGGAGCCAGCGGUGUCGGGAAGGGGGGCAAUGGGAAAGCUAGGGGCCGUGGUGGUGGUUCGGACAUGGUGGACCUGCGAACGCUGCUCAUUCAUUGCGCACAGGCUGUUGCCACCGACGACCGCCGGAGCGCUACAGAGCUGCUGAAGCAGAUCAGGCUGCACGCUCGCGCCGAUGGCGAUGGCACGCAGCGCCUCGCGCAUUGCUUUGCAGAGGGCCUGCACGCGCGGCUGGCGGGCACUGGUGGCAUGGUACACCGGUCGCUCAUGGCAACACGCAUCUCAGCCGCCGACAUGCUCAAAGCUUACCAGCUGUACAUGGCAGCCAUCUGUUUCAAGAAGGUGCCCUUCCUGUUCUCAAACGUUACUAUCUGUAAUGCCGCCUUGGGAAAGAAGAAGAUACAUAUCAUCGAUUACGGUAUACAAUAUGGGUUCCAGUGGCCAUGCUUACUGCGAAUGAUGUCAGGAAGGGAGGGAGGGCCGCCUGAGGUAAGGAUCACUGGUAUUGACCUCCCCCAGCCCGGGUUCCGGCCAAAAGAGCGCAUGGAGGAGACAGGCCGUAGGCUCAGUAAGUAUGCCAGUGAGUUCAAUGUGACGUUCAAGUACCAAGCCAUCGCGGCGGCAAAGAUGGAGUCGAUCCGUAAAGAGGAUCUCAACAUUGAUCCUGAAGAGACGCUCAUUGUGAACUGUUUGUUUCAAUUCAAGAACUUGAUGGAUGAGAGCGUUGUGAUUGAGAGUCCAAGGGAUAUUGUGCUCACUAACAUCCGGAAGAUGCGGCCUCACACAUUCAUCCAUGCAAUUGUGAAUGGCUCAUUCAGUGCACCAUUCUUUGUAACACGGUUUCGGGAGGUUCUCUUCUUCUACUCAGCGCUGUUUGAUAUUCUGGACACAACCACCCCAAGGAACAACGAACAGAGGAUGCUGAUUGAGCAGAACAUCUUCGGGCGUGCUGCCCUGAAUGUCAUUGCCUGCGAGGGUACAGAUAGGGUGGAGCGUCCUGAGACGUAUAAGCAAUGGCAGACAAGGAACCAACGGGCAGGUUUGAAGCAGCUUCCAUUGAAUCCGCAGGUCAUUGAGAGAGUUAGAGACAAUGUCAAGAACAACUACCACAAGGACUUUGUGAUUGAUGUGGAUCACCAAUGGCUCUUGUCAGGAUGGAAAGGGCGCAUUCUGUAUGCCAUCUCGACAUGGGUGGCAAACGAUGCUAGCUCUUAAUUUUUAGCUGUUCCUGUUUUCACUUGGCUAAGAAUAUAGGUCUAGUUAUGUCAAUAUAAUGACUAUGUAUGAACCCAUGGUCUAGUUAGAGUAUCUCUAGCAUAUUUCCCUAAAUUUUGGGCCUCUAAAAUUACUUAUAAUGGCUGGUACAUUAGAAACUCAUACCGGCCGGUUUAUCUUCAAGUGACUACAAUGUAAUCUACGAGGAUGAAAUCUUCUGAGAUGCAUCAGAUUGCUCGGUUUUAAUUAACCUUAGCUUGGAGUAUUGUACCUACCUAUAUGGAUUUAUGUGUGCUGGACCUGUGUCUGAUUAGGAAAGCAUAUAUGUCUUUUGAUCACCAGAGCUCCAUUCCAA